UAUAAGGCAGUUCCGUUAUCUAAGCGGUUAGUGUCUGCUGUCAUGGCCACCAUCUGGUUCCUGACGUUCAUCUUGCACACGGCCCUCGGGUCCAUGUACAGUGACCCCAACUGUGUCGAGGGGCGAAGCACCAUCACACACCUGUUCGAGUGGCGUUGGGCGGAUAUUGCUGCCGAAUGUGAGAGGUUCCUUGGGCCCUACGGGUACUGUGGUGUUCAGAUCUCCCCUCCCCAUGAAAAUCGAGUUAUCAACAACCCCAUGCGGCCAUGGUGGGAGAGGUACCAGCCUAUCAGUUUCAAACUCCAGACGAGGAGUGGCACAGAGCAGGAUCUGAAGGACAUGGUAGCCAGGUGCAACAAGGUCGGAGUCAGAAUAUACGGUGACUCGGUGAUCAACCACAUGGCAAGCGCUGCGAGUUCUGGAGUUGGGACGUCUGGCAGUACGUACAACGGGACUGCGCUUCAAUUUCCCGGCGUGCCCUUUGGCCCCUCCGACUUCAACGACGACGCUACGUGCCACAGCCCUGACAUGAGCAUCCACGAUUUCAACAAUGUUGAAGAGGUGCGGAACUGCAGACUGUUUGACCUGGUAGAUCUGCAGCUGGACAAGACCUCUGUUCGAGUCAAGAUAGUGGCCUAUCUGAAUCACCUGAUUGACAUGGGGUUCGCUGGCUUCCGGCUGGAUGCUGCAAAGCACAUGUGGCCAGGGGACAUUUUAGCUAUUAUGGAUCAAGUGAACAACCUCCGUUCCGAGGUAUUUGGUCACAACAAGAGGCCCUUCGUAUUCCAAGAAGUAAUAGACAGGGCUGUCCCUGAGCCAAUCACGGGAGACCAGUAUCUCAGUAGCGGGAGAGUCACCAAUUUCAUCUAUGGAGCCGAGAUCACCAAGUACUUCAGGAAACAGAAGGCCAUGAAACUGUUGAUCAACUUGGUAACAGGGAUGAUGAGAUCUGACGAUACAAUUAUCUUCAUUGACAACCAGGACACCCAGAGAGACCACGGAGACCAUGGAGCCCCAGGGGACGUCCUCUCCCACUUUGAACCCCGUGCUUACAAGAUGGCGACGGCGUUCAUGUUAGCCUUUCCGUAUGGCUUCGCCAAAGUGAUGAGCUCAUACGACUUUCCCCUGACGGACAGUGAUCAGGGACCUCCUCAUAACAACGACAUGACCAUCAAAUCAGUGUCUAUCAAUAGUGAUAUGAGCUGUGGUAACGGAUGGACUUGUGAGCACCGAUGGCGCCCGAUGUACAACAUGGUUGCCUUCAAGAACGUUGCUUAUGGCUCUGAGUUGACUAACUGGUGGUCGGGUUCAGACUAUCAGAUAGCAUUCUCGAGAGGGAACAAGGCCUUUAUUGCCUUUAAUCUCGAGGGAGCCGAUCUCCAACAGACACUCAACACUGGACUUCCGUCUGGAGACUAUUGCGAUGUAAUUUCCGGCAACCUUGAGAACGGAAACUGCACUGGCCACACAGUGCACGUUGAUGCUGACGGACAUGCCCCUAUACAUGUCGGUGGAUCUGACCAAGACCCCAUGGUGGCCAUCCAUGUUGGGGCAAAGGUCGGAUCUCCUAUGCGUCGUGUUGGCUAAACAAGGCCGUGCUUACUCGGAUGUAUCGCAGAAUAACUAUCCUUGAGAUAUAUGUACAUUAAUAAAGAAAACUGUUUCAUAGGAUUUAGGUAAUUCAUAAUCACCUCAAUUACAAUAACUCACAAAUUAAAAGAUAACAAA